AUGGCCGAGCAAGCAGAGACUCUACCCGAAGGAGUUCACCAUUACCAGGAUACUGACGAUGUUCCAUUCGAAUUGUCAAAGUAUUUCCACCAACGCUACGACAUUUUUUCGAGAUACGAUGAGGGCGUGUGGAUGACAUAUGACGCCUGGUUUGGUGUCACCCCAGAGCCCAUAGCACUUAAGAUCGCCGCACAGUUGGCAGAGGUUUCUCCAAGCAACAAGCGAACUCUCAUCGACGCUUUCGCCGGAGCUGGUGGUAAUACCAUUGCCUUCGCCUUGUCGGGUCGUUGGGACGAGAUCUUUGCCAUAGAAAAGGAUCCCGCGACUCUUGCGUGCGCCAAGCACAAUGCCAAAAUUUACGGUGUCGAAGAUAAAAUCUGGUGGAUCCAAGGUGACAUCUUCACCGUCCUGAAGAAGCGGCUGAAUAGUGUCGCACAGAACGCCGUCAUCUUCGGGAGUCCGCCCUGGGGAGGUCCAUCAUAUACGACCUCCAACGUUUUUGACCUCUCUCUGAUGCAACCAUACACACUGACACAGCUACACGAUGCAUUCAUGCGGAAGCCGACCGAAGUCGUGCUCUUCCUACCUAGGAACUCGGAUCUCGAGCAGAUCGCCAAAUACGGAGAGGACAAUGAACAUCGGAAGCUGAAGGUGGUGCAUUAUUGCAUGUACGGUGCGAGCAAGGCUUUAUGUGUAUUCUUCGGGCGUUUCAUUUGGAAUGAUUGA